UUGAGUUGGGUCAACCUCUUCUUCCCUUUCCCCACUGAAGCACCAUGAGGAUCUCUGCCAUUUGGGGGCUGAUAGCCCUAGUAAUAUGGAAGACAGAGGCUAUGCCACCCAGAAUAGAAGGAGGGAGAAAGCAGGAGCAACCCCGAGAUGAAGGAACAUCCUAUGAUAGUCUAGAGCUGGGGAGCUAUGACCCGAAUCUGGAUAAUUAUGACCUGAGCAACUAUGAAGAACGAGCUAUAAAGAAUGACUACGGAGAGCCAACCCCAAAGACCAAAGUGGACACCUUGAUCCCUUCAACCAUGAGUGUCUUCACCAAGAGAGUGAUGGCCACCAUGGCCCCAAGAACAGGGACUUCGGUCACCAAGCCUUCCAUAUCUGAUCUGCUUAACUUGCUAACUGCUAUGGGAGUAAGGGCCACUGGAAGGGCUCUAAAAAUGGAUCUUCUUUAUCCUCUAUACUUUGGCCCUCUGUCUGACCUAGGAUUGCCUACCUGCUUGGUCUGCGUGUGCCUUGGCACCUCUGUGUACUGUGAUGAUGCUGACCUGGAGCGUAUCCCUCCUCUGCCUCAAGAAACAACUUAUUUUUAUGCCCGCUUUAAUCAUAUCAGUCGUAUCCAGUCAGAAGAUUUCAAAGGGCUAAGAAAAUUAAAGCGGAUUGACCUCACCAGCAACUCCAUCUCCACCAUUGAAGAUGAUGCUCUCCAGCUGCUACCUGCCUUACAGGAACUGAUCAUUCCUGAGAACAAGCUGAUAUUUCUGCCCAAGCUACCUGGCAGUGUCGUGAGGCUGGAUGCCCAGUUCAAUAACCUUCGAGGCUCAGGGAUCCUACCAGAGAGCUUUAAAGAACUGAAGAAGUUGGAGUUUCUCUACCUAUCAGACAACGAGAUGGACUACAUCCCUGUGCCCCUGCCCUCAAGCCUUCGUUCUCUGCACUUGCAGAACAAUCACAUCCAGAAGAUUCAGGAAGGCACCUUCUGUGAUGCAGAGGACCACAAGUAUGUCCGAAGGGUCCUAGAAGACAUCCGCCUAGAUGGCAAUCCCAUCAACCUCAGCCUCACUCCCAAUGCCUAUUUCUGCCUGCCCCGACUCCCCAUAGGCAGCUACAUUUAACAGAACCUCUAUGGUGCUUGGUUGCUUCAUCUGUAAAAUGAAAA